CGGCAGCUGACAAACUGACUCAUUCAACUCGCACAUGGGCGCGAACACGACCGUGUUCGGGAGCUUUGGAUGCAGAUUUGCGCUCUAAAAACCCAGCUGGUCUGACGAGGACGCGCGGUACGUGCGUGCAGUCGCCUACCUGCGCUUGGAUGUUUCUCCUGAUCCGGAUCCUGGGGAUAAUCUGGGCUGAGAUCCGGACUGCUGCGGCCACGGACGGAACAUGAGUUCUGAUCUGGUCCGCUGAAGGAGCGAUAAUCGGUUGUCGUCUUUCGAAGUGACCGCAAUCCCCGAUGAUGCAGCAUCCCUUGGACAUGGGGGCGCAUUACUAUCCUCCGGACGCGCACCCGGACCACAGGACUCAUCGUUACCGGAGUUUCAUGAUCGAGGAGAUCCUGACGGAGCACCCGGAGCACAAAGCUUCGGCUCCCGCCGCGGACCUCCUCAAAUUCGGGGUCCAAGCGCUUCUGUCCGCGCGGCCUUUCCACAGUCAGCUGGUGUUAAAGGCGGACCAGACGAGCCUGAUGAAGUUCCCCAUGUCCCCGAUGUCCUGCUCGCUGGCUUCCCCGCUCGCCUCUCCGUUGCUGUCCGCCGCUCCGGGCCUGCAGGUCGGCGCCGCGUCUCACCACCUGCCUCUGGACCUGCACCUCCGCGGGAAGCUGGAGCACGGAGCCGAGGGAGGCAACAAGACCAAGAAGGGCCGGCGGAGCCGCACCGUGUUCACCGAGCUGCAGCUCAUGGGCCUGGAGAAGCGCUUCGAGAAGCAGAAGUAUCUGUCCACGCCUGAUAGAAUAGAUCUGGCUGAGUCUCUGGGCCUGAGUCAGCUGCAAGUGAAAACAUGGUACCAGAACAGAAGGAUGAAAUGGAAGAAAAUUGUGUUGCAAGGAGGAGGACUGGAGUCACCAACGAAACCAAAAGGCCGUCCGAAGAAGAACUCCAUUCCUAGCAGCGAGCAGCUCUCUGAGCAGGAACAAUCUGCAGGAGAUGCUGAGCAUCACCCCGAAGCCUCUCACCCUGAAAACAAUCAGGAGGAAUGAGCACAGCAUCAAGAAAAAAUGACUUCCACUUCAGAAAGCAGUCAGGAGGAAUGGCACAGGUUUAGAAAGCAGGAGGAAUAACCGUGGCUUCAAAAAAGAGUCAUAUAAGUUAGAAAUAAUCAGCAAUAUUGUCCACAGGCAAAGAAAGCAAUAGGAAGAAAUGACCACACCCUUGGAAACAAUCAGGAGGAAAGGCCUUGACCUUAGAAAACAAUCAGGAAGAAUGACCAUCGGUUCAGAAAAAAAAAAAAAACAAGAAGAAGGAAUGACCACAAUGUUGCAAAGUAAUUAAGAGGAAUGACCACAUCUUUAAGAGACAAUCA